UUCUAUCGAUCGCUGUCAAUGACGUAAGAGGAAAUGACGUAAGUAAGAGGACAUGACGUAAGAGGAAAGACCCCGGAAGUAAAUGGGGGCUAGGAAAGUUGAAGAAGAAGAAGAGUCAGAGUCGUCCCACCGUGCGGCUGCAAAGAAGCAACAAUGGCGGGUAGCAGACUAGAGAGGGUCGGGACUGUCUUUUCACGAGUUGGAGAUCUGAUGCGGUCUGGAGUGAUAAAGCCAGCAGAGAAACCGAUCUGGUAUGAUGUGUACCAAGCUUUUCCACCAAAACGUGAACCACUUCAUGUGAGGUCCUGUACAAGAUUCCGGAACAAGAAACCAGACCCUGUGCCUGAAAUUUUCUACGCAGAAGAUGAAGUUCGAGCGAAGUUCUAUGACCAGUACGAGGUGACUUCUCAGCCGUUCAACCUUUUCAAAUCAAACUUCGUCUCUACCAGUCAGAGGUUUGUCAACAAGUAUGAAGAGUUAAAGAGCCAAUGGGACUUGGACACGUCUCUUCUAUUUGAGCAGACGGCCAAGUCUUUACUCGCAGAAGCCAUCAUACUGAGGAGAAGAAGCAUUCCAAUGCUACCUUUGACCGGAAGCACUCAGACCUUCAAAAAUAGAGAGAGGGAUCCAGUGUUGGGGCUCAAUCUGGCUGACAUGUUGGCUGAGCUGAAUGUAGGUGAUGCUGAAGGCAAGCAAGACAUGUUGGCUGAGCAGUAUGUAGGUGAUGCUGAAGGCAAGCAAGACAUGUUGGCUGAGCAGUAUGUAGGUGAUGCUGAAGGCAAGCAAGACAUGUUGGCUGAGCUGAAUGUAAGUGACGCUGAAGGCAAGCAAGACAUGUUGGCUGAGCAGUAUGUAGGUGACGCUGAAGGCAAGCAAGACAUGUUGGCUGAGCUGAAUGUAGGUGAUGCUGAAGGCAAGCAAGACAUGUUGGCUGAGCAGUAUGUAGGUGACGCUGAAGGCAAGCAAGACAUGUUGGCUGAGCAGUAUGUAGGUGACGCUGAAGGCAAGCAAGACAUGUUGGCUGAGCAGUAUGUAGGUGAUGCUGAAGGCAAGCAAGACAUGUUGGCUGAGCAGUAUGUAGGUGAUGCUGAAGGCAAGCAAGACAUGUUGGCUGAGCAGUAUGUAGGUGAUGCUGAAGGCAAGCAAGACAUGUUGGCUGAGCUGUAUGUAGGUGAUGCUGAAGGCAAGCAAGACAUGUUGGCUGAGCUGAAUGUAGGUGACGCUGAAGGCAAGCAAGAGCAUGAAGAGCAUACCACAAAGACCUCUUAGAAAUAAAAGCAUCAUCAACAUUAAAUCAUGAUUGAUAAGAAUCAUAUCUAAUCUAUCAAGUGAAAGUAGCCUUCAUUGAUUGUCUUCACUUCUUAGGGUACCCUAACCCUAACCCUAACCCGUACUUAAGAUAUAUUGCUGUGUGUCCAAGAGGAAACUCUCAGUACUAUUACCAUCCAAGUAGAAUUUGCAAUAGACUUCCAUAUGUUAAGAAAUGCAGAACCAAACGUAACUGAUAUGUUGGAAACAAAUGAAAUGUGUCAUUUCUAAUAACUGACACACAUUUAAAGAGGAGGCCUAGAGGGCGCUAACUUACUUAGCAAUGUUUGAAAAGUGUCCAAAGUAAGCAUCAUAUACUCAGCCCUCUUACAAAUGUCACUAGGUAAUAAUGUCAACUACAGAGUGUGAUGUUUGUAUACUGAAGAAAGUUCUUAUUGUGAGUGUUCUAAGGACAGAUACGGUGGUAGUAUAUUGACAGGAGUCCUAUCCUACUUGUGGAUUUGAUCCCCAUAACUCCUGAGAUAUUUGUAAAACAAUCUUGCCUUCUUUCAAACUUCCUCCGAACGAGCCGUUUGGAAUUGGAGACUUUAGUGACAUCACUGGAUAUGUACAGUAUAUGCCAGAAGAUUCCUCAAAGAGCUUUGUGUGAGUCCGACAUUUUUAUUCACUUAAUCCUUAUUUUUCUGACUUGUACGUGCACAUGAAUGCUGAAAUUCUCCCUUGUCACAAUAAGUGGCAUUUAGUUGUGACUUAUAUCUGUCAGUAGACUCAAUAUGGAAGCACUACAAGAUGGUGAAGAUGCUGUCUUUGGCCUGCAGGGGGGCUUCAUUCAGCCCAAAAUUAAAAUGCAGCAUCCUGAAGAGACUUGAAGAUGGUCUGUGGAACAAAAUGUUGACCAAUGCAUCACCAUUACAUGUUCUGUAGACCACAAGAAAGUGUUUGAAAUGUAGGCCAACAUCAUAUGACAUGACCCCUUUGAAUGCUGUGGGUUUGACACAAUAAUCCCAGAAGAAGGCGCCUCAAGAUGAAGGGAUGAUGUUCUUCUAGAAGCCAGUGAAAGCAGACACAUUUGAACAUACAGAAAAUAAAAGCAGAAUUUCACCAGCA